AUGAGCAACAACGAUGAUUCCUUCUUUGCGUUUGAAUCGCCUCAUUAAAUCAUUGAAAAUCACGGAGGUGACUCAUCAGAUGAUAACUCAAUUAGCAAUGGAAACAAUUUUCAAUCGAAUAGGAAUAUUUUUGGAGGAAGUGGAGGAAUUCCUGCUAGAAAUAAACAAAAAACUAAUCCUAAUCAUGACAGCUCAAUAUUGUCUUUAAACACAUUAGUUAAUAUACAGUAAUUUGAAGAGUAGCACCUGAUAGAAAUUAAGAUUAGGCUAGAAGAGGAAAUGGUAAAAAAUGAACACUUGGAAAGUAAGUUAAGAUCCAUUGAAUUCGAGCAUAUGAUUAAGAUAAACGAGUUGAACAGAAGGGUUUAAGAGUUAGAACUUAAAAAUAAUAACUUAUUCAAACAAUUAUAGGAAUAGGACAAGGCAUCUACUAAAAAUAUCUAUCCUACUAAUAACAUUAUUAAUAAUAAUGUUAAUGAUUCAAUUAAAACACCAAGUGCUAAUAGAUUUGGAGUAUUAAAUGCGCAGAAUAAUAGUUAUUCUGACGUGUAGAAGCAGGAAUUCAAUCUGUAAUUUGAGGAAAAACUGAUACAGUAUGAGAAUGAGAUUCUCAUGCUCAAGUAAAGGGAAGCUGACUUAUUAGGCUAGAUGAAUACAGUUAAAUAAGAGAAUUUUGACCUAAAAAUGAAAACUGAAAGAAUGAGCUUUUUCGCAUAGAGAGAUUCAAAUAUUGGUGCAAUUGCUGCCAACUUAAAUCAGUAAUCUCCAUCCUUCAAUUCUGGCAGAAAAACUUUCAGUUUAUUCAAGCAACCGUAGAUUCAAACUCCUCAGAGGUAAACAUCAGCAAAUCUAGCAUAUAGUAAAGUUUAAAGUAGCUAUGAUAAAUCCUCAUCCUAGUCAAUCAGCAAUCCUAAUACCAUUCAGGUGGAAAUGAUAAACAUGCAUCCAUCUUAACUUAAAAAGGCCUAUUUAAAGCAUUAAUAGCACAAUAAUAAUAAUGAAGGUAAGCAUCACUAGUAACAUUAGCAACGACUCACAUUUUCACUUUAAAAUCACCAGAUUGGAGUCGGGUAAGCAUCACAAAGAGUAAGUGUCAUAUCAGCUAUCAGCUAAUUUGCAUAAAUCAAUAAUGCAAAUGUUAAUGUUGAUUAAGUCAAUGAACUUCAUGAAGCUAGACAAUUAAUCAUUUAAAUAAGUACUGAGAAAGAAUCUCUUGAAGAUGAACUUUAGGCAGUUAAAGAUAGAGCUAUAGCUAAAAUUGAAGAAAAGGAAUUCCAAAUCAUUGAUCUUAUCAAGCAGCAUGAAGAUUAUGUUGAUCAAUUAAAGAGAGAGUCAUAAAAGCUAUAACUUGAAGUUCAAAACUAAAAGCGAACAGAUAGAUGGAGGGAAGACUAAGAUGACUAAAUUAACUUACUGCAGGACAGAGAAAUAUCUUAGCUUAAGCAGGAACUAUAAAAUAGUGAAGACAAAUACGAAAAGCUUUAUUAAAAGUAUCUAGAGGAGAGAAGACAGUUUGAUAAUGAAGCUGCAUUCCUUCAAGAUAAGUAUUAGAAAGAUAUGGACUAUUAUUUGACCAAAAUAAAUAAGCAAAAGGAUAAGAUUAGGAUAUUGACUAAAGAAAUGGAAAAGCUCAAGCAUAUGAUACUCUAGAACUAAGACUUUAAGUCCGAAAUAGUGAAAGAAAUUGAAGAUUAUGAGCUAAGACUAAGAGAGCAUGAGAAUGAGAAACAAUAGAUAGAGAGAGACUUCCUAGAUAAAAUUGACACUAAGAAUCAAAUUAUUCAAGAAAAGCAAAACAGAAUUAAGUAACUUUAAGAUGAAUUGUUCCGCAUAGAGGAUACAAUUAAAUAAUCUAUGGAGGAGGAAAGCUAGCAAUAGACUGAUAUAACAAAUGAGCUGAGAGAUUAGAUACUAGUUCUGCAAAGAAGUAUAAAUGAGUUUAAGAUGGAGAUUGAUACCCUUUAAAGUAAGAAUUUCAAAUUAUCAGACUAAGUGAAUGAGUUGAAUGCAAAAAAAAAGACUCUUAAUGAUAUGAUAGUCCAAAUGUAAUAGCAAAGGAAAGAAGCUGAGGCUAAUUAUGAGUUUAAGAUUGAUAAUCUUGAUAAAAAGAUAAGCAAUUAAACAGCCCAAUACUAGCAGCAGAUAACUAGUCUUAGAAUGCAUAUAGACUUUUUAGAAAACGGAGGCUUUAACAACGGGGUUGGAAUGUCUGAUCAAAAGCUUAGAGAAAAUAAUCUUCUAUCAGGAGGGGUUGAGGAUGAGAGAACUAGAAAUAGCACUUAAUAGGAUGCUAAUUAUCAUACUGGGACUUUCAAUACUCAGUCCACUUUUGGCAAUAAUACACCACCUAAGAACAUCAAGUAAAAUGAGCCAUUGCCUCUUCCAGUUCAAAGCUUGAUGGAAGAACUAUGUGAUGAUAAUUUAUCUCAAAGAUUUAGUCAAUUCUAAUCUCCAUAUCAUGGCCUGAGAAAGACAAGCAAUUAUUAUAACAAUAUUAGUCCUAGAUAGUCAAACUUUUCCCAAUCCUAGUUUUAUGGUUAUAACUAGCACCCCGCCAAUUAAUAUGAAAAUGAUUAUAGAAAUUCGUGUAUGAGCCCUUAUAAUGGAUCAAAUAGGCCUACUUAUAUUUAAAGAAAUCAGAAUAUCAAUAUAGAUUCUCAGAGACCUUCUAUUAAUGAAUAAUUAGUGACGAGGAACAGCAAUAUUAGUAGCAAUAUCUAAGUUGUAUAGUAGAAUAAGUACCCUAAUAUCUUCAGAAUCAAACUGAAUACUAGUAGCAUAAUUGAUGAGAAAAAAGACGAGUAAGAAAAUUAAGAAAACCAAUCUUCAGAAUCAGAUGAGGAAGACGCAAUCACAUAACUCUAAGAAAUAUAAGAAUAGCCUGAAGAUUAAGAAAUCGCUACCCAUAGAAAAAACGAGAGUGAUAAUGAAGAGGAUUAACUAGAUUCCAUCUAGAUAUAAAUGAAUAUUGAUCCAAAGCUAUUAGAGGAAAUGAGAGAGUAACAAAUAAAAGACGCAGAUAGAAUAGAGGAGCUUGAGAAUUUAUUAUUCUUGCGAGAGAAUGAUAUAUAAAGCCUAAAUGAAUAAUUAGAGGAACUAAGAGGCCAUUUCAGUGAAAAAGAAGAAAUUUUGAAUGAAUUUUAAGAUCAAAUAGAUCUAUAUUAAAAGGAGAUAGAGUUAAUCAAGCAGAGCAAGGAACAACUGUCUGAUGAUUUCAAAAAGUAACUGGAAAAAGACUAAAAAUAGUAUAAGGAUUUAGUGGGGGAGUUAUAGGCGAUUAGGAAGCAGAAUAUGUAGAUGAAAAAUAUAGCGCUAACCUAUAAUACUUAGCUUCAGUAGGCAUAGAACACACAAGCUAAAGAAGUUAUACUACUGAAACGUAAGGUUCGCUCCCUUGAAGACUAGAAUGAAGAGUUAGUAGAAUAGAUUAUGACAUAAAAGCAGUAGUAUUCACAAGAAAAGAAUUAUUUGAGAAUCUAAAUAUCCUAAGUUGAAGAGUCUCUGAUACAGUUAAAAUUAACCCAUGCCUAAAUGACUAUGGAAAAAGACUUGAUCAAUGUAAAAUAUAAGGAAUCCAUUAAGUAAACUAAUGAUUUAAAGGAAAAAAUUAAAAAAGUAACUUAGGCAUCUGGGAAUAGCUUUAGAUGGAAUGCGACUUUGCGGAACAAUGAAAGUGUGGGUAACUCAAAGUUAACCGAGCCUGACCUGAGUAUUAUGAACCUGUCAUUCAAUAGAACUAGCAUGCUAGAAAGUGAAAAUGGGGGCUGUGAGGGUUCAGGCAAGUAGAGAAAGAUUUUCGAUUGGAAUCUUAAUUUUUAAUGA